AUGUCGAUCGGUGUAGCCAUCAUUGGUAGUGGCAACUUUGCCAAGGAGCAGCAUCUGCCAGCGGUUCGAGCUGCCACCGAACUCGAUCUCAAGGCCAUCUACUCUCGGUCUCUGACCUCGGCCAAAAAUCUGGCGAGUGGCGCACCCGAUUGUGAUCUCUACUCCGACGACUCUGGUUCCGGGAAAUCAUACGAGGACCUGCUCGCCCGUUCAGAUAUUAGUGCCGUGAUCAUUGGUCUGCCCAUCUUGGUUCAGCCCGAGUUUAUCAAGAAGGCGCUUCUAGCUGGCAAACAUGUUCUCUCGGAGAAACCCAUCGCCAAGGAUGUGAUUGCUGCACGAGCGCUGUUGCAAUGGUACCAGACCACGUUCGACACGCAGAAGCUGAUCUGGGCCGUGGGGGAGAACUUCCGGUACAUGACCAAGUUUCUCUACGCUGCCGACAAGGUCCGCAACAUGGGCCAAGUUCGACGAUUCAGAGUAAAUGUGCAAAGCUUGGUUAAACAGGAUAACAAAUAUUAUUUGACCCUCUGGCGACAGUCACCGGGCUACCAGGGAGGAUUCCUACUAGAUGGCGGAGUGCAUAUGCUUGCGGGGCUUCGAAUGAUUCUAGGGCCCAAAAACCGUAUAGUGUCUGUGUCUGCCCAGACUCAGCAAUUGCAGAAUUACCUUCCACCCAUUGACACUCUUGACGCGGUUACUCAGACAGAACUGGGCGCAACGGGAACAAUCUCGCUGUCCUGGGGCUCACGGUUCACGGACAGCCUCUUUGAGUUUGAAUGUGAGAAGGGAACGGUCAAGAUCCAGUUUGACGACGUCAUGGUCAAUGAUGAGGUUCAUCAUAUCGAAUUUGAUGGCAAGGGGGUGGUGCCGGAGGUGAGAGAGUUUGCGGAGACGAUCCUUCGCGGCGACCCCGUUGCAAAGAGACAAUCACCCGAGGAAGCUUUGGCAGAUCUAUCACUCCUUGAGCAGAUGAUGCGGAGUGGUGAGCAUGAUGGAGAUCGAAUGAUGCUUCAUUUCCAGGUUCGAGACUCCUAG